AAAAAGGCAACAGUGCCUGGGCCGUGCACCACAUUCCCUCUCCUCAUCCCAGGCAGGCAGACUCGCUCUCAGCAGCCAUGUCCUUCUCCAGAUCUAGCAUGUCCUACAGCAGCAGCGGCGGUGGAGGCGGAGGUGGCACCAUGUCCAUGAGGUCUGGAGGUGGAAUGGGUAUGGGCUCCUCCCGCUUCUCCUCGAUGGGUGGUGGUGGUGGAGGUGGAGGAGGCCGCGUCACUACCAUGAGGGCCGGCAGUGUGUAUGGAGGAGCAGGAGGCUCUGGGGUGCGCAUCUCUAGCUCCUCGUUCGGUUCCAGCGGUGGAGGUGGUGGUGGUGGCGGUGGCGGUUAUGGUUUCAGAAUGGGAGGGGGUGGUGGUGGUGGCGGUGGAGCCGACAUGAAUGUGUCGGCCAACGAGAAGGCCACAAUGCAGAACCUGAAUGACCGCCUAUCCACCUACUUGGAGAAGGUGCGCAUGCUAGAGGCGGCCAACGCCGAGCUGGAGCUGAAGAUCCGUCAGUUCAUGGAGAGCAAGACGUCCCCCAGCGCUUGCGACUACUCUGGCUUCUACGCUACUAUCGCCGACCUGCAGGACAAGAUCCAGGAUGCCACCUGCUUGAACGGAAGCAUCUAUCUGAACAUCGACAACGCGAAGCUCGCUGCAGACGACUUCAGAAACAAGUAUGAGAACGAGCUGGCCAUGCGUCAGUCAGUGGAGGCGGACAUCACCGGGUUGAAGAGGAUGCUGCACGAGAUGAACAUGGCCAGAUCUGACCUGGAGAUGCAGAUCGAGGGACUGAAGGAGGAGCUCAUCUAUCUCAAGAAGAACCACGAGGAGGAGCUGCUGGCCAUGAGGACUCAGAUGACUGGACAGAUCAACGUGGAAGUGAACGCAGCACCACAGGAGGACCUGUCCAGAGUCAUGGCUGAGAUUCGUGAGCAGUACGAGGGCGGUAGUGCCAAGAACCAGCGUGACCUGGAGGCCUGGUUCCAGACCAAGACAGAGACGUUGAACAAGGAGGUGGCGUCCAGCACAGAGGUUCUCCAGACCUCCAAGUCAGAGAUUUCGGAGAUCCGUCGCACACUGCAGGGCCUGGAGAUUGAACUGCAGUCACAGCUCAGCAUGAAAGGCUCCCUGGAGAACACGCUGGCGGAGACGGAGGGCCGUUACUCCAUGCAGCUGGGACGCCUCCAGAGCCAAGUGACCAGCCUGGAGGAGCAGCUAGUGUCUCUCCGCAGCGACAUGGAACGCCAGGGCCAGGAGUACAAGAUGCUGCUGGACAUCAAGACACGCCUGGAGAUGGAGAUCGCUGAGUACAGGAGGCUGCUGGAUGGAGAGGCUAGCGGCCUCAGCUCCUCGAAAUCCGGCCAGGGCUCCUCCAGCUCUCACGUCAGCUCUUCUAGCUCCGGCGUCAGUGAAACCAAACAUACCUCUUAAGGUCCCACACACACAGCGAGCACUGCAGCAAGCAACGGCUUAACCCAAUAGAAAUAUAAUUACUAGAAUGGGUAGAGGAAAUGAGAGGCCAGCACAUGGAAUAGUACUGCUCCACAGUGCUUUGUUCAUGCAACCUAAAAUACACCUUAUACAAAGUCAUUGUCAGAUGAAAAUCCCUAUUUUCGUUAUCUGUCUUAUUUGUUAAGGGAAGCUCUGGUUAACUCUAGUUUAAGAUGUGAAUUCCAUCCUCCUAUUCUUUCUAGAAUGGCAAAAGCCCAUCAAAUACCCAUCAUGGAAAAUUGACUUGAAAGGGGAUUUAUUUUCUGAUAAUUCUAUUUCUAUGGUUAACACCUCCAGAACAACAUAUUCUACUACAUCUGGAUGGGACACCAACAACAGACCCCAUUGUGAAUACAAUAAAGAUGCUCUGACUUGCUGACACCAUCA